AUGAGUUUAUCUGCAAUUAUUGAAAAUAAAAUAUUCUGUGUGCAUGGUGGACUAUCACCUUCAAUUGGUUCGUUGGAUCAGAUUCGUACGAUUGAUAGAAAGCAGGAAGUUCCACAUGAUGGUGCUAUGUGCGAUCUAUUAUGGUCUGAUCCAGAUGACAUUGAAGGAUGGGGACUUAGUCCUCGUGGUGCAGGGUACUUAUUUGGUGGUGAUAUUGUUGCUCAAUUUUUACAAAACAACAACCUAGAUUUAAUUGCCAGAGCCCAUCAAUUGGUAAUGGAAGGCUAUAAAUUGAUGUUUAAUAACACUAUAGUCACCGUUUGGUCUGCUCCAAAUUAUUGUUAUAGGCAAUUAGACGAUAAAUUAAACAAAAAUUACAAGAUAUUUGAGGCUGCACCACAAGAAGUUCGUGGUUUACCAGCAAAAAAACCUGCACCUGAUUAUUUCCUGUAG